AUGAUCGGCACAUCGUUUGGUGCAUGGGUCUUCAUCCGCUUAUCCAUCGCCUUCUUUCGCUACACGCCAUUAAUUUACAUCUUUCUCAUCUUAUUUCUGCCUCUCAUACAGCCAGUCUCGGUGGUAUUUCCAGUUAUUUGUGUGCUUCUGGCAGCGUCGCUGGCAGAGUUGGUGUUCUAUUUGCUUAUAUACAGACCAUACCUCCAAAGGCUCAAGCGCAAUGCAGUCUACCCACCUGCACCAUCAAGCAAAGAGCGAAAAGCCCUUUUCGAACGGAGUUUUGGAAGUGUGGCCUCAACCGAAACUUACCUGAGAUGGUGGUUUCUUGAUGCGGACCCCAAUGAUAUUCGGCGGGACAACGUAAGAGAGUUUCUUUUGUGGGCUUUCUUUGAACGCCCCGAUGGUGAAGGCUUGGAAGACGAUGACGGGGAAACCAUAGAGGAGGAAUUGGAGCACUAUCUGAGUCUUUUGGAGCAACGGCUAGGACGAAAGCUUGAAGAUGGUCGUGGAAAUGUGAAGAGUCUUCGUCUCACGAUUGAUGGGAUCACGACAACGUAUCGAAGCUUUCUUUGGUACAUGGUCGUCUUCGUUGUCGACCAGGCCACUCACUUCGCCUUCCGCUGGCAUGGAUUUGAAUUCUAUCGCCGGCCUCGCUCUUCUGCACUUCGUGUGUUCCCCCCGCGUCCACAAGAGUUGGUCCCGGGCCCAACAUCUCCCUCCUCACAGAUGAGCUACUGGCAUCGUCCACACACUGCCGAAGACAAACUGCCUGUCGUGUUUUUCCAUGGCAUCGGAAUCGGGCUCUGGACGUAUGUUCGUUUUCUAGCCGGCCUUCACAAAACUGAGGACGGCAAAGGAAGUGUUGGUGUUAUCGCCGUCGAGACUUUACCCAUCUCAUUUCGCCUCACACCGGCCAUCCCCAACAAGGCCGAGUUCCUGGCUCAAAUGACAACCAUCCUGGAGUACCACUGCUGGGAAAAGUUUGCGUUGGUAUCGCACUCUUACGGCUCUGUCCUAACAACGCACAUACUUCACGAGCCCAAGUUAAAACAACGCGUGCCUUCGGUUGUUCUCAUCGACCCGGUCACCAUCAUGCUGCAUCUUCCCAAUGUAGCGUACAACUUUACUCGUCGGAGACCCAAGAGAGCGAAUGAAUGGCAGCUGUGGUACUUUGCCAGUACUGAUCCAGGUGUUGCGCUUUGUCUGGGCAGACAUUUCUUCUGGCGCGAGAAUAUCCUAUGGAGGGAAGAUUUGCUGGGAACUCAAAGCGACGGCCGCCAUACAAGGCAUGCUGCGGUGACACUUUCCGGUCGAGACCUCAUAGUCGACACUGCCGCAGUUGCGGAAUACCUAGGAGUCGAUCUAGGAGCGAGGGGUGGUGGUGUGGUGGCCGAAUCGCACAACGGUGUAGAAGUGGUCAUGUUUCCAAAGCUGGACCAUGCGCAGGUGUUUGACGAUAUCCCAAGCAGAGAUUCAGUAAUUCAGAUGGUUAGAUCGAGAUGCGAAAAUUAG